GUCAAUGUCAAACCAAAAUAUGCAAGUGACACGUAAUUCUCAAUAAUUUAAUUUGUUUUUUGUGUGUUUCCAAAUGUGAAAAUUCGCGAAAAUUUCGCAUAAAACUGUUAAAUUAUAAAACGCGGAAAUGUCCGAUAGAGGCUUUGGUGAUCAGGCUUCAAGGAAUGUGGUGAAAAAUCCACUAUUGUCUACAGCCGUGAUUGGUGUCUCUUUAGAAGAUUUGACGCAUAAUGCAGUCCUAUUGCCCGCCGUUCCGAACCAAGAACUGAUCACAAGACAAGAUAACCAAACCGGUCCCCAAGCGCGUUCCCUGAGGGACCCCGAACAGACUCAAUUAGAUUUAUCAUCCGGUGACUCAAAUUCUAAUAUAUACCAUUCUCAUAAACUAACCAAUAUCAAUCCAAACCCGUCAAAUGCUCAAAAAAAUCUUGAUAAUAAUAAUACAAUGGAAUCACGUAGUACAACCAUGUCAAAAGCUUCACAUAAUACUGAAGAUGAUUUCGACGUGAAUGAAUAUUUUGCUAGACUCCACGGUACUAGAUAUGUCAGUGCGCCUAUUAAUAGUGCUGUAAAAGAAGCUGAAAAUUUAGCUGCAGUAGAGGAAAAUCUAGAAGAGAUAAAUUUGAAUGAACCUGAUAAAAGUACUGAAGAAUUUCAACAUAGUCUAACAGCUGAUAUUGCGCAGAAUUUCUCACAAUUACCAACAGUGUUGCCACAAGUUGCUAGUGCUGUGUUUAGCUCCUUUUCUAAUAUGCUGAGUAUGAAGAGGGAGCACACCGAUGUGAAACCGGUACCAGAUCUAGUACCAGGAGUUCCGAAUGAACAGAUUCAAAAAACUCAAGACGUUGGUGUACCUCUGAUGAGCGUACCAGAUGUUAAGGAAGUGGCACCGCCGCCCACAAAACCGCCUUUAGGUACAGCAUCAAACUAUCGAAUAACAACUAAGAAGAAAAUGUACGCGCAAAUACCAGGUCUAAGAUCCGCAGAUUCAUCACAAAAUAUAGCAAACCAGCCAGCUCAUGUUAAUGUCCCAUUUUACGCUCCUGAAACACAGAAGUCGGAUACAUCGACUAGAAUACAUGACGAGAAUACGAUUGAAAUAACUGGAACAAACAAAAAUGUUGAUGUUACUCAGUUCGGAUCAAAUAAUAAUAUGGCACAAUAUCCAUCAAAUUAUCCAGAACAAAAUCAAUCUGGAUACGAACAAAAGACAAUUAUAGAUAAUCUGACAGUAUCUAUGGAUAAUAUUAACAAAUGGCAAUCUAUAGAUAAUAUACAGAAAGAUACAAUUUUUACAAUGCAACCAAAUGCACCUCAAACAGUACCACAGUCUAACAUGUCUGUUAUUCCUCCACCACCGAUGUUUUCAAAUCAAACAAAAUCUGAUCAGAAUAGUGUACGAUCAGUUUUACCACCUUCUAUAGCAAGGCGUAUUGCUGCUAAUAAUCCUAUUAUAAAACCACAAGUACCACUUUCAGCUCCAUUGCAAAAUAUAUUUGUACCGUCUGAUAUUCAAUCACAACCUGAAACUGUAUCAAGUACGUAUCAAGGAAUGACACAAGAUAAACCGGAUACUACUAUUAUUGAAUCUAAAAUGCAACAUCCUGUGUAUAAACCAAGUGCCACGAAACUUCGAGGAAUUAUUUCACAAGAAAGAGAUAUGAGUUUUGUAAUUGAGCCUAACGUACAUCAACCUGAGACAUCUGUGUGUGCUAUGAAUUACCAUGGAAUUACAUCGGAAAAACCUGAUAAAAGCUUUAUAAUUGAUCCUAAAAAACAUUCGGGUAUUGCAAAUAUAACAUCAAAUAUCAUUAAACCUGCAACGUAUGGAUCAAAUAUGUCAAUAUUUGUAUCAAAAGAAAUCCCUCAAGGAAGUAUAUUGGAAAAUAUUAAAGGGCAUAGUCCUAUUGAUAUUCCUCAGAAGAUAUCAUCACCAGCAGAUCUAGCUGUAAAACAGCUAUCACAAAUGAAUCUAGAUCCACCGAUAACUAAUCUGGCUGAUGAAUUAUUAGGUGAAAAACUAAAUAAAUCGUCCAAGUCAGAAUCAUUGCCGCCACCACCAAAAUUCUAUAAUCAAAGUGCUAUAACAGAUUCAAAUACAGGUCGAAAAAUAAAUGAAGUUCCAAAUAUUGCUACUGUUAAUAAAACAUUAUUUGAACCUAAAAUUGCUGCUUCGGAUCCAACUAAAAAUAUACGAGAACCUCCAAAGAUCGCAAGCAAUAAUUUCAGAAUGACAAUGAAAAAACCACAAUAUUAUUCAGGCCCUAUUGAAGGUGUUGGUAAUAUUAGUAAUAAUAUAAAACCGACUAUUUAUACCGAACAGGCUGACACUUUCCAAGGAUCUUUAUACACACCACAAUUACCAGCCCAACAGUUUUCUGAUGAUUCCGGAAUAACGGCUUCAGUUCAAUCUAAAGAUCCCUUUACUGCAACGGAACUGGCUGGCAAUGUAGGAGUUUAUCAACAUUUUAAUAAUCCUCAACCACAAACUCAAAGCCAUGUACAAUCUGAAUUCAAUACAGCUUUCGAUUUGAGCAGACAGACAACGGAAUAUUUUGAAAAUACUCAGCAAGAAUCCAAAGGUUUUGGAAUCAUUGGUUCUUUGAAAUCUAAGCUUAGCUCCAUCGAUCUUAAUAAGAUUCAAAAUUCAGUUACAACAUUCUUCGAUCCAGCUUAUAAUUAUACUAAAAUGGACGCAGCUAAUCAAGAAAAUGUAUACGGAUCAUUUCCAUUACAGAAAACUUCACAAGAACGAGAUAAUAGUAAUUUAGAAAUAUACGUGCCUACUGCCGAACCAGCAUCACAAUCGUUCGCUUAUAAUUACCAAUUACCUGAUAAUACUAUUAGACAACCAGGCCCAUAUAUUUAUUUUCAAGAAGCUUCAAAAAGCUCUGAUAAACCUGUUCAUAGUUACAAUACUGAAGCAAAUCAAAAAUCCCCUUGGGCUGUAGAUUCAUCUUAUGGAUCGAACAAGAAAGAAGAUUUGAAAGCUGUUGGAACAAAAAUUAAUAAAAAUUAUGCAACCCAAGAAAAGGAAACAGCGAAAUCUAACAUUGAAAUGACUAGUUUUAAUCAAAUAUUUGCAAACCCAAAUACUAAUUCGAAUGUUCAUUUCGAUCCUUACAAACCACAAGUAACAGAAUCAAAUUUAUGUGAUAGAUCCUUCUUUUCUGAUUCAGGAUUUCAAGCUAAUGUACCAAUGCAACAUUUAUUGCAUGCGAAAAAAGAUGAUAAAACGUCUCUAAUGAAUUUUAAAUCGGAUGAAGCUUCGAAUAUGAAAUUAUCGGAAUGUUUUCCUUCUGAUAAGAAAGAUGAAAGUUCUAAAGAGGAUUUAUACAAGCCAGAAAUUAAAAAUAAUAUACCAAAGGUUACCAAUACUGAAGAAACCGCGAGUAAUGUAAGAGAACCACAAAUGCCUAAAUGGGAUGAUAUUGGGUUUAUAUAUUUUAAAUCGUCGUCAAACUUACCUAGCGGCUCUACAUUCGAUAGUCAAGCUACUGCUAUUAAUAAUAAAGAGCCAACUCAAACAGAUGUAUUCGUCGAUUCUAAAGCCCAUCAAGGGUUCAUCUUUGAUCAGAAUGCAGCAGAUUUCUUUGAUAGACCUUUAUCUACUGAGAAGCAAGUUGUAGAAAAUGUCUUAGAGACGGUGUUGAAGGAAGAAGAAAGUGACCAUGACUUAAGUAUUUGCGAAACUUGUAGAGAGGUUAAUAAGCCUGAAGAAAAGGAAGUUGAAAAUCUAACAGAUCAACUGAUUGAAAAUAUAAUAGCACCAAUACAACUAUCUAAUCCUGUUGAAGUACCAUUUACUGCAAAUGAAAGUCCAGACGUAAAUACGAAUGAUUUUGAUCCUGAUCAAUGUGACGAAAUCUCAUAUAUGACAGAAGAAACCAUAGAGACCCUACAAGAACAAGAAGAAGACUUUAUGGAUGGUUUUACCAAUAGUUCAGCAGUUCCCAAAAAUUACGAAUGGCUUGUAGAAGAACCUGAAUUGACUGGUCCUAAUGUUUUUACCGCAGACAAUAUGCCAAAUAAUGCAAGUGAUGAAAUCAAAGCUGAAUAUCAAAGUUGUUUUGAUGAACCGCUAACAGAAUUUGCAAGGGAAAUGAGUACUCCAUCAGCUCCUCCGGCUGAAGAGGAUGCAAAUUCCGAUGAAAGUGGUUUAGAUGUUCACUCUAUAGAACAAGAUGCGACAAAAGACUUCCCUAUCUACGAUGAUAACGUAAUCGAACCUUCAGAAACGGAUGACGAUAAAAUUGAGUUCAGAGAAAGAGAGAAAAGUUCCGAAGAAUCGAUUCCAGAUAGUGAUACGUUUACUAAUAGAAUUGAGAAAUAUAAGAAAAUGGAGGAAACACUAGAUCAAAGUCAUGAUGUGUUUAAAACUACCGAAAGUUCAAAAUUAUACGAAGUGGCCACUUCAACGAGUCCAUCAACAACUAUUGCUUCGUACUUCGACACUGGAAAUUACGCGGUAGAAAAUUUCUACAGAAACUCAUUGACUUCUCAAUCUGUUUCAAAUCUGAAUAUCUCAGAAUCCCAACAUCCUAUGACAAUUGUGAAAGUACCGCCUGGCUUUGAAUCUCUAUAUCCGAAACAAUUUUAUAUUAUACCAAAUGAAAAUUAUAAUGCAUUUGCAACACCAGAUAUUAAUCCCAGCCAAAAGCCAAUAACUUACGUUUUGCCUGACAGUAACAUAUAUUUGCCGCAACCGGAAUCUUCAUCAUUAACAUAUUCAUACAUUUCUACUGAAAAAAAUGAUAAACCUGCCAAUGAAAACAAUGCCAAUAUAACAGAAGAAUCGACCAAUGAGAUAAUGAACAUAUCUAAAGUCGUCUUAACAACGGAUACAACAGAAAGUAAUGUGAAAUUACCAGAUUUUGCAACUGUUUUUGGAACAAAAAAAGAUCAAGAAAAUAUUGAAGAGACUACUGAAGCAGCAUCUGAAGAAACUAAAAUUACAGAAUCAUCGGAUUCAAAAAACAUUGAACCGGAGCCAUCGCGUAAAAGUCCUGAUGUUUGUGACUUUAGUAGACUAUCGAGUUACUUUACAUCACCAUCCCAAAAUGAUCCAUCGAAGUCUUUUUUUGAAUUAAGCCAAUCGGAAAAUCAUUAUAGACACGACAUGACUUCAUCAACUAAAUGUGAUAAAUCAAACAUUCCACAAGAUAAAUACGUAUCUAACAUGAAUUUGAUCAAAGAUUUAACAUCGCCAGCAAACAUUGAAUCCAUUCCAAAAGAACAAAUAGUAAGAACUGUUAAUUAUUUCACAGUUCUUUACGACAAUGAUUCUUUUAAUAAUAAAAUAGACACAAAAAAUAUAGAAAUUCCAAUUGUAUCAGAUUCUGACAUAAAUUUAGAAACUCCUCUAUCAAAUACUGAAUGCAACAAAGUAGAUAUUAUAGAAACUUGUAAGCAUUGCUGUAGCUUAGAAAGUGGGGUAGUUAAAGAUAUAAAUAUCGAAAAUUUAAAAUUAGGUAAAAAUAACGUUAAAAUUAAACAAUAUAUGAACGAAGAUAAUUGUGAAUUAAAGAAAGAGGUUAAUAUGGAAACUAAAAAGGAAACAUCAGGUGAUAGAUCGUUUACAGUUAAUUUUGAUAAUAUAACGAUAGAAGAGGAAAAAGAAGAAAAUGUCACUAUGAUUACUGAGAAUCGUUCAUCCGGAGAGUACAGUCCUGUCAAACAUCACUGGUUCUACCGUGUCGAUUGUGAGGGGAAGUCAUUAUGGAAAGGUUUCUCUACUGUCGAUUCCAGUGCUCUGGAAAAUGCCUUCGUUAGCCCGGAAUUAUCAGAGACAACGCUCGUGCCGACUGACGGUGGUCGUUAUGAUGUGAACUUGAUGGGCAGACUUCGUGUACCUGUCUACUGGUCCGGAAAACCGACUAAUGUUAUGCGAUGCAGUUGGUUCUACAAAGGUACCACCGAUGCGAGAUAUGUACCUUAUUCAGAGGUCGUGGCUGAGAAACUAGAGGAGGAAUACAAGCAUGGUAUCCUAACUGGUGAAUGGCAUAGGAGAUUAAUCCUGCCUAAUGGUGAGCUGGUGGUGAUGCACGGACCUGGUGUAAUGGUCCACUUCCUGCAGACCAACGCAGCUGAUGCCUUCAGCUCUUCGUCUCGUCUAUCUGAUAGGAAGAGGGUGUUCCGUUCUCCUUCAACAAAUUAUAUAAACCCAUGUCAGAUAGGUCGUAACGACCAUCUGGUAUUAUUUGUACACGGCGUGGGCCAGAACCGGUAUGCCAAUAAUCAAACGACAACUCGACCUCGUGUUGUACGGAGGGGGGUGGCGGAGAGCGAGAUAGAAGAUACGGAGCCGGGACACGUGGAUCAUUUGCUGUUGCUAUGUCAUGGCGUCGGAUCCGCGUGUGAUAUGAGGUUUCGUCCUGUAGAAGAAGUCGUUGACGACUUCCGAGCGACGAGUCUGCAAUUGAUUCAGUCCCAUUAUAAAAACUCUUACGAAAAUGGAAUAGUCGGCAGAAUAGAGGUUCUACCAAUAUCUUGGCAUUCGACGUUACAUUCCGGGGAGAAUGGUGUUGAUAAAAGAUUAGCUCAGGUCACACUUGAUAGCAUUCCCAGGCUUAGGAAUUUCACUAAUGAUACUGUAUUGGAUGUACUGUUCUAUACAAGUCCUGUUUAUUGUCAGACAAUAGUUGAUACGGUGUGCAAGGAACUGAAUCGUAUAUACAGCCUUUUUAAAUCCAGAAACCCAACUUUUACUGGAGGAGUGUCAUUGGGAGGUCAUUCUUUAGGCAGUGUCAUACUUUACGAUCUUCUAUGUCAUCAAAAACCAUUGGAUCAUACGUGUUCAGAUAAGAAAUACGUCAAUGGAACAGCCGGUACAGGACAACCUACUGUCAAAUAUCCGAUAUUAGAGUUCAAACCAGAUGCAUUGUAUGCACUCGGCAGUCCUAUUGCAAUUUUCGAAUGUAUUCGAGGCGUAGAAUUACUAGGUUCCGGUUUCUGUUUGCCGACAUGCAAGAAGUUCUUUAAUAUAUUCCAUCCUUAUGAUCCAAUUGCUUACAGAAUUGAACCUCUUAUAAAUUCACAACUGCGUAAUGUGAAACCUUUCCAAAUACCGCACCAUAAGGGAAGGAAAAGAAUGCAUUUGGAAUUAAAAGACACAAUGGCGCGUGUUGGGGCUGAUAUAAAACAGAAAUUGAUUGAAUCAAUAAGAAGCACGUGGACAAGCAUGUGGAAGACUCAGCCACCUAAUGAUAGACAGUUGGAGAAGGUAGUAGAAGAAGAAAUGGAGAAAGAGCAAUUGGCAGAAGAUAAAGAAGAGAUUCAUGACACUACUGAGACAUGA